AUCUUUUUUUUUUCUCUCCUCCCCUCUUCUCAAACUAAAUUUAUUAUUAGAGAUCAAUUGUAAGAAUUGCAAGUUUAUUCAUUUGCUAAAACGCCAAGUUCAUUCAUCUACCAUAUCAUAAGCCCUGCACGUUUCAGAUUAUUACAUAAAAUAUAAGCAUAAGAAGCAGUAAUAAGGUUCUAGGUAUCAUUGUCAAACUAACCACAUUCAAAUAAACCAAAUUCAACUUCCUAAACAAAAAUGAAAUUAAGUGGCACUAGUCAACUUCCUCAUUUUCCUGAAUUAUCCGUCAUUCUAUCUAAGUAUUAAUAAUGGAGACUUUGAAGUACCUCGCCCCACUUAUUUGCAGCUGCUUCAAUUUCUUCAAGGUUUCUAAUAAAAAAUAUAAUUUUUAUGAUCUUAUUAACCAUGAAUUAAGUGGAUAUGCACCUUUUAAGUUUCUUGUUUUGUCUAAACGGUGCACCUUGAGGCUAGCAGGAGCAGAUAAACGCUGCGCUUGGGUGCUGUAGAAGUAGAAGCUUUUGUUAGUGGUGGGCGGUAGACUGUUGAUCUCCUGAUUUUGUUCUUCAAUUUCUCUCUUUCUUGCAAUCUUUUUUUGUUUUCUUGGAACUGGGAGAGAAUCGGGAGGUAGUUCGAUGCCACAGAAGAAGAAUUUCAGGAAAAGGAGUUUCGAGGAGGAGGAGGAGGAGGAGGAGGAAGGAGACCAAAACAAUGCGUCUGAGGACGAAGAGGAAAGGAGAUUAGUUCUAGAGGAGGUGAAAUUCCUGCAGAAGCAGAGGGAGAGGAAGUCGGGAAUACCUGCCAUUAUUCCGACGGUGCAAACAGGAGCCGCGGUUGUUGCUAAAGGGACUGAUGAGGUCGAAGUAGAUGAAGAGAAGGAAGAGCUCGUUCUUCAAGAUACUUUUGCACAGGAAAAUGCAGUCAUGGUUGAGGAUCCAAACAUGUGAAGAAACGAAAUUCAGAAGAAAGUUCUACUCAGUGGACUACUGGGAUCUCCGAGGUUCAGCUCCCUAUGGAGUAUUUUCUUUAGAAAUCUUUCAUUUGAUAACAUGAGCUUCUUAGGUUUAACCAUAUUAGCAUGAUGCCAGUAAUACUUGCAAGUGUUCAAUUUUCAACAAAGGGAAGAUAUAAUGACCUCAAUUUGUCAUGUCACUUCUAUUAUAGUGGGGAGCCUCCAUUAGAUUGCAAAAUGUCAUGCCUCUCUUACUAUAAUGGGCUAAUUGUUCCUAUGCUUGCAGAUACAAGUUAAGAAAUAUUGAGGAAACAGAGGCUGCCAAAAAGCUUCUACAGGAAAAGCGGCUUAUUGGCCAGACAAAAUCAGAAGUUAGCAUCUCUUCUGUGCUUUUGAGAUUAGAAUGAUAUCAGUGUUCACCUCCCAUCAAAUUUCAGAACUUGGUGUUGCUUGCUUGUCUGCGCCAAGUUAUAUCUUGUCAAUAUUUUAUGUGACGUUGUAAUCUCGAGUUCUGUCUUUUCUGUUUUUGUAUAUCUAAUGAGGCAUGUGUGUGGUCUUCAUUCUAUAAACUUGCAGAACAUCCUGAGCUAUACAAAGACAGAGGUUCACAAGAUGAUAAUGCUAAGCCCAGGCCGACUGAUACCGGGACAGCAGGAAGUAGGCAAGCUGCAACAGAUGACUUCAUGCUGGAAAGGUUCCGGAAACGGGUAAUGCGGAUAUAGAUAGCACUUGGUUAUGCAAGUUUGUAUGAUUUCCAUCCAUGAACGCCAUUGUUAUACAAUUUAUAGAGCUGCUAGUUAUUUUACUGG